ACGCUUCCUAGAUCAUACGCAUCGCAGAUCUCAAAGAGAGAAGAAGGAACAGUUUCUCCCUCUCUCUCCCUCUCACGAUCCUGAAGACAAGACAGAAUCUACAGCUGUGAUUUGAUUGCUAUAAUUAAUAUUGUCUGGCUCUCACGAGACAGAAUACUGACAGGCAGACUCCUUCAAAAAGGUCCUUUAGGAACUGCCAAGUGAUUGAGAAAGGUUUUUUCUUCUUAAGAAGUCUGGUGACUUUUUUAGGAAUUCGAGAAGAGUUUUUUGGACUUUGGCAUAAGAGGUUCCUGCAAACGUUCAACGAAAGAGUCAGCCAUGCCACCCAUGGGCCCAGCUGCGCAGGGAGCGGUGUUCCACAUCCUGACCUAUAACUUCCUUAUGGAACUGGGAGCCCCGCCCCCGGACCCUUCAGCGCUCGCCAAAGCCGAGGCUUAUCGGUCGGACAUUGACGAAGUGGCAUGCCACGUGGUCUACGGCCUUAGAACCUGCUUCUCGCUCGCUGCCCCGUGGGUCAACACGUCACGUCCGGUCAUCAAAGCCCCCAUGGGCCCAGACGAAAUUGGGACAACGUUCUCCCUCUACACUAGGGCCAACGCCACGUUCCCAGCUCCCAUCAACCCAGGUGACCUGAAAACCAUCAUGGGAGCUCCAUUCGUACCUGAGAAACCCUUCAAGGUGAUCACUCAUGGUUACCAGUCACAUGGCACAACUGAUUGGAUGAAGACACUGAUUGGAGAGCUCCUUCGAAACGAAGACCAGAAUGUCAUUGUAGUGGACUGGUCAGUCGGAGCCCGGCCACCAUACACCCAAGCCGUUGCCAACAUACGCAUGGUUGGAGCACAGGUGGCUUAUCUCCUUUAUACUCUUAAUAGAUACGCAGACAUUCCCAUCACAGACUUCCACCUGAUCGGCCACAGCUUGGGAGCUCACCUGUGCGGGCACGCAGGAACUCAUCUGAGGGAUUCCUACGGCCUCCUCCUGCCCAGGAUCACCGGACUCGACCCUGCGGAGCCCUACUUCAACGACACCCACGUCAUCACCCGUCUUGACCCUUCGGAUGCUCUCUUUGUGGAUGUCAUUCACACGGAUGACUCGCCAAUUCUUGGCUUCCCUCUAAGCAUCGGCAUGACCCACUCCAUAGGUGACCUUGAUUUCUAUCCAAAUGGUGGCCAUAACCAGCCUGGAUGCAAUGGCGACAUCAACUGCCAACACAAGAGAGCUAUCAACUUCUUCACCGAAUCCAUCCGGCAGUCUUGUCCCCUCAUAGGAGUCGUCUGCAAUUCUUACCAAGAGUUCAUUGAUGGAGAGUGCUGGGGAUGUGCAAAUGACAACUGCGCCCACAUGGGUCUCAGGGCUUCCAGACUGGAGCAGCCCCCUCUUACCAAGGUCUUCCUAAUGACUACUGAACGUAGUCCUUUCUGUGGCUACCACUACCGCAUAAGCAUUGAAGUGAGCAACUCGACGGAGGCCAGAGAACAUGAUGGCGAAUUUGCCAUCAUCCAACUGAAGCUGACUGGAAACAAAGACAGAUCAGAGCCCAUGAGGCUCUCAGAGAAGUCACUCUACUACGAAGCCGGGUCAGUCCACCGCCGGGUCAUCCUGACCUACGACCUGGGUGACCUCAAGACGAUGGGUGUGACCUUCAUUUACCCCGGGUCAAUUCUCAACAUUAUGUCUUGGAGGUUGAAGAAGCCAACGCUUUUCCUCAAGUCAGUCACAGUGGAACCUUUGGGGAAAGACAUCAAGUGGAGAUACUGCUUCAAGGAGACCCAGCAGCAUCCCAACAAAGAGUAUGUCUUGAGCAGCAGUGACAAAUGCUGAGGCGUAGAAAUUCAGCGUAUACAGAUAGAUACAGUGAUCCCCCAUCUUCUCGCUUGAAUCUGCGCCUCUCUUCAAGUGAAUGCUUAGAUCAUUUAAUGGGGUUAUCUCAUGCUCUCAUAGAGACAUUCUUUUGUCAUGCAGAUGCGAAAGGAGAGAUGAUCUCCGAGCCCACUCUGGGAUGAUCUAAUGCUCUCGUGGGGGCCAUUCUGCCGUUACGUGAACGUGAACCGAUACGAUCUCCCAAGUCUGCACUUUCGUAAAGCAAACACGAAGAUCAUCGCCAGAGAUUAUCUCAUGUUCACUCGAAUCCAUUCUCGCGGUACGCACAUGCGAACCGAGAUCAUCUCCGAUUUCUCUUUUGUUAAGCGAACACAAAGAUUAUCUCCUGAGAUUCUUUCGUGCUCUCAAGAGAACCUCUUCCACUAUCUCCCAAGAGAGGCCAUUCUUCCGUUACACAAGUGCGUACCGGGAGGUCAUCUCCAAAAUCAUGGGUAUAAGCGCUGUCAUCAUCAUCAUUUCUCCACCGCUGUGUAAAUAUGUCACGUCACGCGUCUCUGUCACUUUUCACCAUCAUCAGCUCCAUCGACAUCACCAACUUACUAUCUGUACUAAAUCUCCCCAGUGUGCAUAUGUAUAUAUUACAGUCACGGUCAACAUGCAUAAAGUGAACUUAUACAUAUCUUAAUUAUUAAACAAAUGCAAGACUAUUUUAGUCUACUAUCUCAUAUAGGUUUAAGACAUUUUGUAGUAUUUGUAACAUUUUCAAAUGUAUAUUUUCUACAAUGUUAAUAAAACAUUACAAAUGA